GCAUGCAGCUAUAAUAAUAUUCUUUACGAUAUUCCCGGAAUACUCGUUUUACUGCUUUAUUUCUCUGAGAUUAAACGUAAACUUGACACCAUUUACAGCAUUAUGUAACCAAAGACUUGUUUUAUAACGUCGUUAAUGGUAUAACUGCAGAGAUACUGUGUAAUGCCUGUAUGGUGGCAUACCCACAGUGAUUUUUGCUUAAUUAUUUGAAGUAUUUGUAGCUUAUGGUUUUUCAGUGUAAUUGUGUUGUUUUUAUACUUGUGAAAUAAUUCAUUAAUGGACGGCCACCAUUCAAAAGCUGCCUUUUCAUUUUUCCACCCACUGAACGAUUUGCCAGAGGGCGGAGCUACAGCGUAUGCCGCUAUUUGAUUGGUUAUGCCAGUUUUUGCGUAAUAUAACCCGACUGAGAAAUGUUCGAACAUUAUAAGCAUAUAAUAUAUAACAAAGGUGGCUGUCCUGGACAGUUACAUAAAAAGACGUGGCUUUAUGUAUUGUUGUUGGCUGGUUACGUUAGAUUAACUGGGGCAUCCUUAAGAAUCAGGUGGUGCUAUGGGAGUUUAAGUUGUAGAGCAAAGGUUGUUGACCCUGGGAGGGGAAGGGGAAUAGAAUAGAUACUUUAAUACAUUCUUGUGCUGCGUAUGCUGGUCAGGGUCUCAGACAGCAUGGGGAAUAAGGCUGCAGCAGACGCUGGACAGAACGCCAGUCCAUCGCAAGGCACACACGUGUACACUCACCGACACAAUCAUACGUUAUGGGCAAUUUAGAGACACCAAUUCUAGCUUUUUUAGGAUUGUGGGAGAACAUUCAAACUCCAUGCACACAAAAUAGAGACAGGAGUUGAACAACCGACCUUGGAUGCAUGGGUGAACAACAUUCCUCUAGGGUUGAAGGCUGGAACCCAUCUUUAGCUUAUUUUUGCCUUUCGUACUCUGUGCUGUAUGGAUUUUGCUCCAGGAACCUCCAUGACCCUGCUCUGGAUAAACAUAAAAUAUGCAGCCGGUGGGGUAUGUAAGUCCCAAGUCCGACUUGAUGGGAAGACAGCGCUGAUUACCGGAGCAAAUACGGGGAUUGGGAAGGAGACCGCACAGGAUCUCGCUGCACGAGGAGCUCGGGUUGUGCUGGCUUGUCGAGAUGUGGAGAAAGGUGAAGAGGCGGCGGCCGACAUCCGCUCCAAGGUGCCGGGGGCCAAGGUUGAGGUGCGAGAACUCGACCUGGCCGACACCUGCUCUAUUAGAGCAUUUGCACAAAGGUUCCUCAAAGAGGUGAACCACCUACAUAUUUUGGUUAAUAAUGCUGGAGUAAUGAUGUGCCCCUAUAUGAAGACCACGGACGGCUUUGAAAUGCAAUUAGGUGUUAAUCAUCUAGGUCAUUUCCUGCUGACGUACCUCCUGAUUGGGCUGCUAAAGCGCAGUGCCCCGGCUCGCAUCGUCGUCGUAUCCUCCUGGGCCCACGUCUUCGGCUGGAUCCGCUUCCAUGACCUGCAGAGCCUAGGCAGCUACAACAGUGGUCUUGCCUACUGCCAGAGCAAGCUGGCUAAUGUUCUGUUUGUGCGGGAGCUAGCACACAGACUCGCAGGUUCCGAUGUGACUGUGAACUCUGUGCAUCCAGGCUCCGUGUGCUCUGACCUGGUUCGGCAUUCAACUGUGAUGUCCCUGCUCUUUGCACUUUUUUCCUUCCUCCUCAAGACGCCGCGGGAAGGAGCACAGACAUCCGUGCACUGCGCCGUGGCGGAGGAGCUGCACUCCGUUAGCGGAAAGCACUUCAGCGACUGCACCCCUGCAUUUGUGGCUCCCCAGGGAAGAAAUGACAAGACAGCCCGCCAGCUGUGGGACGGCAGCUGUGAGCUGCUGGGCAUUGAAUGGGAAUGACUACUGUUUAAGCUCACCCCCACCUACAGCUAACAGUGGAACAUUCCACCAUUCUCCGUUGUCCAUGUGGCCCUGAUCAGGAUAAGCAGUUGAUGGAUGGAUGGAUGGAUGGAUGGAUCCAUUCCGUCUCUGCUGCGACUCCAGCCUUCUCUGCUUUCUAUCACACUGCUGCUGUGUGGGUUACUAGUGGCCGGGGAGUAGAGAGAAAUUAAACCAUUCGUUUUUAUCCAUCGUCUUAAUUAAAGCUGGUUCAGUGUUAAGUUACUUCUGUUGGAUUAUACAGUUUUUUACUUGACCAUUCAGUAAAUCUGCAGAUGCAUUUUGUGUUGAGCA